CACCAUGUCUCGACGGGGCAGCGCAGAGUCCGCGGGGCAAGUGGACGCCGUGAGCGCGGCGAUGGAGCGCCUCGGGGCAGACUUUGGCGACUCAACCGCCCUCCAGCACCACCGCCAGAUCCACGCGCGCCUCCAGCUCGAGAUCCUCGAUGUGCGCGAGGAGGUCGCGCGGAUCAAGGGCGAGCUGAGGCGCGAUGCUGGCCCCGCGCGGAUGGGGCAUAUCCAGAAGCAGAUUGGGCACCUCAUGACCCAGAUCAAUGCCAUCCGCGAAAAGGCCGCCGAGGCCGAGGCCAUCGUCAAGGCCAUCACGUCGGAUAUCCAGCGGCUGGACAUUGCGAAGCGCAACCUCACGCGCACGAUGCAGACGAUUGAGCGGUGGAGCAUGCUGAAAAACGCACACCAGCAGCUGCGCGCGCUGAUUCCGACCAAGCGGUACAAGGACAUGGCGAGUGCGCUGGCGGCGGUCGUCCAGCUGCUCGAUCCCCUGCGGCCGUUGACCACCGUCGUCGAGGUGGCCGCAGUGUUCAAGGCCGCCGAGGCAGACCGCAAGGUCGUGCAGGAGAAGGUCAACGUCGAGAUGGAGGCCUUCUUCCGCAACGACCCCAACCACCCGCCCGACCUGCGCGUGGUCGCCGAGUCGUGCCUCGUCGUCGACGUCCUCGGCGCAGACUACAAGAUGCACAUUAUCGAGCGGUACAUCCAGCUCCAGCUCGCCGAGUACCGCCGCAUCUUCCGCAGCACCGACGAGGCGGGCCAGCUGGAUAACGUGCCACGGCGGUACGCGUGGUUCCGCCGCGUGCUCAAGCACCAUGACGAGGAGCACGCGGCCCUCUUCCCCGCCAGCUGGGAGGUCACGCGGCUGCUCGUCGCUGGGUUUGCGGAGCAGACACGGGUCGACCUUGCGAAUGUGCUCGGCAAGCAAGUGCCCCAGGUCGGCGUGCUACUUGACGCACUGCAGGCGACGCUGGACUUUGAGGGGGUAUUGGCGCGCAGGUUCAACAAGCCGUUUGAAGACAUCACCGUCGGUGGGCUCAACUCACUCGGUGCGCCAACGACAAAGUGGACCAUCUCGUCCAUCUUCGACUCGCACUUUGGCAUCUAUGUCGACGCGCAGGACCGCGCCAUUGCAGACAUGCUGAGCCAGUACCGCGGGGCCAAGAGCCGCACCUCCAUGGACGGGACGCUCAACGAGACGGAUGCGGCCGCGGCCAUCAUCCUGCCAAGCUCGACUGAGCUGUUCUACGUCUAUGGGCAAACCCUCGAGCAGUGUGCCAAGUACACGCGCGGCGAGCCGCUGUUGAAGCUCGCCAAGGUGUUUGGCAAGUGGCUCAAGGUGUAUUGUGACGACGUCCUCCUCGUCGGGCUCAAGAAGCCCGAGGGCCACCUCGUCAGACGGUCACUUGAGGGUCGCGGGCCGCAGCUCCAGGAGACGAAGAACGCGUGCAUGGUGCUCAACACUGCCGAGUACUGCCUCAACACAUCGUUGCAGCUUGAAGACCGACUGAAGGACAAGGUCAAGGACGAGCUGAAAGACUCCAUCUCGUUCCAGGACGAGCGCGACGCGUUCACUGGCGCCAUGUCGCAGUGCGUCACGACCAUCCUCCGCGAGCUCGAGCAGUCGUGCGAGCCAGCCUUCGCCGCCAUCCUCAAGACGCCAUGGCGUGACCUCGAGAACGUGUCGGGCCGGUCAGCGUACGUCGUCGACCUGGUAGGCAGCAUCAAGGAGGUGGCCGAGUGUGUGCGCUCGCGCAUCGAGUCAAAGAAGUACAUUCGUAACUUUGCCGACAAGGCCGUCGGGCUCGUCAUCGCACGCUUCACACAAGCUGUGGUCAAGUCGCGCCCGCUGAAGAAGAUUGGCGCCGAGCAGAUCCUCCUCGACGUGCAGGCCGUCAAGGCCUGCCUCCUCGACCUGCCCGAACCACACCCCGAAAACGCGACCAACUCGUACGUCAAGUACGUGACCAAGAGCACGGGCCAGCUCGAGACCAUGCUCAAGGUCAUCCUCGCGCCCGAUGACCCGCCAGAGGGUUUCGUGCAGAACUACUGCCUGUUGAUUGGGGACCGGAGCUUUACAAACUUCCAGAAGAUCCUCGACAUCAAGGGCACAGCACGUUCCGACCAGCAGAAACUCCUCGACAUCUUCCUCUCCGUCACCUCCACCAACGACGACCUCGCCGACACGUCCUUCCUCACCGCGCUCGACAUGGACCCCGGCGCUGAAAACUCGGCCAAGCUCCAGUCACCCGCCACGAGCCAUGUCAGCGGGCUGUUCUCGCCCACGGGCAGUGGACCGCCCACUGGCGUCCUGCCUGCGCUGUUACGCGCCGAGCCGUACUCGCCUGACGGACGGGCCGACACGCCCAAGACGUUCGGCGACUUUAGGCGCCUGGUUCAGUUUGCCACACGGCGCGAGGGCUACAUGUCAUAGUCACAGCAGCAGCAGCAGUAUAGAUAGAUG